UCGAUGCUCUCCUUUCUUCGCUGCCAUAAACUAUCGUCCUCCCCUCCGUCACGCCAAAGAAGAGGCGCAGGAGAAUUUAGAGAGAGAAAGAGAGGGAGAGAGAUGGCAGGGGAGCAUCUAAUGAAGCGAAUCCCACGCAUAAAGUUUCCACAAAGGCACUCCAAAUCCCCUGGGAGUGGAUCCUCCCAAAAAACAGAUGUUCCUCCUCAUGAAAUGGCACAAGAUGCAAAGCUCUCAUCUCAGUUUAAUGUUUCUCUUCCACCAAGCAAUACAUCUGUCGGAGGAAAAGCUUCUCUCCAGCCCAAGCGCACUUCGCUUUCUGAAAAGGAGAUAGAGGCUAUAAUGUUGGGCGGCUGUUUCUGAUUGGGGUUUCAGCAUCAUAUCACAUUAUUAUGUGGAAGCCACAUGAAUCAGUGGUGAAUCAUGUUCUUUCUAACAUUGUUUGAGGUUAUAACUUUGGCUAUGUUCUUUCUAACUUUGUUUGAGGUUAAAACUUGGAAAAAUGAAUAGAUUCUUUACAUGGAACUCGAUGCUACAGGUAGCCCACUCGAAUUCUAUCAAAAUGAUACACGUCCUUGUUAUUAGGAAACAAAAUUGUACUCGAGUGUUAUUGCCAACCCAUGGUUGGUAGAUUUUGGUGGUUUCAACCUCUGCAUGUUUACUUUUUAUC